AUGGAUAAUGGGCAGAGGCAAACCAAACACUUGAACAGCAACAUCAAGAACAAUGUGGUGCAGUUUCUACUCAAGCACAGCCAUGAUGGAGUGCUUGCAAGAGGGGCUGUAAUGGAGGCAGCAGAGACAUUUGAGGUCAGUAGGAAGACCGUGUACAGGCUAUGGAAGGCAGCCAAGGAGCAGAUGCAAAGGGGAGAACCUACAAGCAUGGAAGGAAAGAUUAAAGAUACCAUCAUGCUGACAUAUUACAACUUGAUGAAGAAAAGGUACUACCUCUUGCCGGAUGAGGAUGAGCCAUAUAGGUCAUGCAAAUUCAAGAGAUUCAUCACUAAAGUUAUGUUUAUGUGUGCUGUCAAUAGACCACAUUUUGGUAUGGAUGGGCAGGCAAUUUAUGAUGGUAAGGUGGGAAUAUUUCCCUUCACUGAAGUACUGCCAACACAGAGGAAGUCAAAGAACAGGCCCAGAGGGACCAUGGAAACCAAGCCAAUACAUUCAGUCACAAAGGUAGUGAUGAGAGACUGCCUUAUCAACCAGAUUAUACCUGCAAUUAAGGCCAAGUGGCCAAUUUGGGCAAGCAAAGACAUCUACAUUCAGCAAGAUAAUGCAACCCCACACAUAACAGCUAUGGAUCCAGAAUUUCAGUCACUGCAGUAUGAGAAACCAUGCAGCAUUGUGGAUGAACUUGUGGGGAAUGUGUGUAGCUCUUUUGCAGAGCUUUCACCACAAACUCUCAAUAAAGUUUUCCUAAGCUUGCAGGCUUGCCUCACUGAAAUCCUACAGUGCAGGGAUGAAAAUGGCUACAAAGUUCCACACAUCAACAAGGAUAGGCUACAAAGAAUUGUUGGACUGCCCAAAGUGAUCUUGUGA